CGUCGGUGGGCAUCGUUGGCAUCAUUGGCAUCAUUGGUGUGAAUGCUUCACCGCCGCGGUGCAUGUGUCACGCUGAUAAAGUCCAACCUUGCUGUCUUGCCAAAACCCCCCCUUUGUGUUCUCCCGGCGACCAAAACAUUUAAAAAAUCACGCUGACACCGACAAUCCUCACAGCACCAUGUCCUAUCCUCAUCCUCCACCAGGCCCUAAACACGCUCCCUCCUCCUACUCCUCUGGAUCAUCUGAUCCUUUCAAUUCAACUCAACAACUCCCUUACUCUGACAACCCUCACAAUCCCUAUGGCGGAGCCCCCAACCCUGGCGCGGGCGGUGCGGGCGUAGCUCCUCCCGGUCAAGCUGGUCAAUACACGCCAUACUAUGACAAUGAUCCUGAGAUGGAUCGUAGAUACGAAGGUGGGGGUAUGGGUCGAGAAACCUGGGCCAGUGAAAGUGGUUGGUCACAGAAUGACCCUGACAACAAAUUUGGAUCGUCUGACUUCCAGCAUCAAUCCGGUUAUCUUCCGUCGCGGGCGUCUACCCCGACGUUCACUGAGGGAAGUCGGGAUGGACAUCGACCUAGGGAACCUUACCCCGCUUGGACUGUCGAGGCGAACAUUCCCCUAUCAAAGGAGGAAAUUGAAGAUGUCUUGAUCGAUCUCGCCAACAAGUUUGGGUUCCAAAAAGAUUCCUCUCGAAACGUGUACGAUUUCCUCAUGAUUCAGCUCGACUCGCGAGCUUCACGAAUGUCACCGAAUCAGGCUUUGCUCACGUUGCACGCGGACUACAUCGGAGGUGAACAUGCCAACUAUCGUAAAUGGUACUUCGCCGCUCAGCUCGAUCUCGACGACGCCAUCGGAGCAGCUCAAAACCCUGGCUUGGCUCGGGUCCGCUCCGUCGCGCGACGAGGCAAAGGUGCCAAAGUUGGCUCAGCGUCCUCAAAAUCCCUCGACAGUGCGACGAACCGAUGGCGAACAGCCAUGAACAACAUGAGUCAGUACGAUCGCCUCCGACAGGUCGCCUUGUAUUUGCUCUGUUGGGGUGAAGCCGCGCAGGUCAGAUUCAUGCCCGAGUGUCUCUGCUUCAUCUUCAAGUGUGCCGAUGACUACUAUCGAUCCCCCGAAUGUCAAAACAGGGUCGAUGCAGUGCCUGAAGGCCUAUACCUUCGCGCCGUCAUCAAGCCAUUGUACAAGUUUCUGCGAGACCAAGGGUACGAAGUAGUGGAUGGCAAGUUUUUGAGACGGGAAAAGGACCACGAUCAGAUCAUUGGAUACGACGAUGUCAACCAGUUGUUCUGGUACCCCGAGGGUAUCAGCAGGAUCGUGCUCAAUGACAAGACUCGACUCGUCGACAUUGCCCCCGCUCAACGAUUCAUGAAGUUUGACCGCAUCGAUUGGCCCAGAGUCUUUUUCAAGACAUACCUCGAAAAGCGAUCCUUCUUCCACCUUCUCGUCAACUUUAACCGAAUUUGGAUCGUUCACAUCUCCAUGUUCUGGUACUACACUGCUUACAACGCGCCUGCUAUCUACGCUCCUCGCGGUUCCACCAGAGCCACUGCGCCCAUGGCUUGGUCCAUGACUGCUUUGGGUGGUGCCGUCUCUACGAUUAUUAUGAUUGCCGCUACCAUUGCCGAAUUCAGCUACAUCCCGACUAACUGGAACAACACGUCGCAUCUGACUCGUCGUCUGAUCUCCCUGUUGAUCGUCUUGGCCAUCACGGGUGGACCUUCGGUCUACAUUGGUAUCUUUGAUCAGAACGGUCAGAUCUCCUUGAUUCUCGGUAUCGUGCAAUUUGGAUGCUCUGCUCUGGCCACCGCGGCAUUCGCCAUUUUGCCCUCGGGACGGAUGUUUGGAGACAGAGUCGCAGGCAGGAGUCGAAAGUAUUUGGCCAACCAGACAUUCACAGCAUCUUACCCUACCCUCACCAAGGGCAGUCGUGCUGCGUCGUGCCUGCUCUGGAUCCUCAUCUUUGGAUGUAAAUUGACCGAGUCUUACUUUUUCCUCAUCUUGUCUUUCCGUGACCCUAUCCGAGUCAUGACAGGCAUGAAGGUUCAAAACUGUACGGACAGGUAUCUUGGCUCCAACCUUUGUAUCAAUCAGGCGGCAUUCACCCUCGCCGUCAUGUUUGUCAUGGACUUGACGCUCUUCUUCCUCGACACAUUCUUGUGGUAUGUCAUCUGGAACACCAUCUUCUCGAUUGCACGGUCGUUUGCCCUCGGCAUGAGCAUUUGGACGCCGUGGAAAGACAUCUUUGCGAGAUUGCCAAAGCGUAUCUACGCAAAGCUGUUGGCGACCGAGGAUAUGGAAGUGAAGUACAAGCCAAAGGUGCUCGUGUCCCAAGUCUGGAACGCCGUCAUCAUUUCGAUGUACCGAGAACACUUGUUGUCCAUCGAGCAUGUUCAAAAGCUUCUGUACCACCAAGUUCAGUCUGACCAACCUGGCAAGCGAACCCUUCGAGCUCCCGCGUUCUUCAUCUCUCAAGGCGACAAGGGACUCAAGACGGAAUUCUUCCCCAAGGGAUCCGAAGCCGAACGACGAAUCUCCUUCUUUGCUCAAUCGCUCACCACUGCGAUGCCAGAGCCCAUUCCUAUCGAUUCGAUGCCGACAUUCACAGUGCUCGUGCCUCACUACUCGGAGAAAAUCCUCCUGUCGCUCCGAGAAAUCAUCCGAGAAGAGGACCAAAACACCCGAGUCACUCUGCUGGAGUACCUCAAACAAUUGCACCCCAUCGAAUGGGACAACUUUGUCCGAGACACCAAAAUUCUGGCCGAAGAAUCCAACAUGUUCAAUGGUGGAGGUAACCCAUUCGGAUCCGAUGAAAAGGCAGAUUCAAAGCGAGCAGACGACAUUCCAUUCUACACCGUCGGUUUCAAAUCUGCUGCGCCGGAGUACACCCUGCGAACGCGUAUCUGGGCGUCACUGCGUGCUCAAACACUGUACAGGACGGUUUCCGGAUUCAUGAACUAUUCCAAAGCGAUCAAGCUGUUGUACCGUGUGGAAAACCCCGAAGUCGUCCAGCUAUUUGGCGGAAACACCGAUCAGCUUGAGCGUGAACUCGAACGCAUGGCUCGACGAAAGUUCAAGUUCGUCGUGUCCAUGCAGCGAUACUCCAAGUUCAACAAGGAGGAGCAUGAGAAUGCAGAAUUCUUGCUUCGAGCGUAUCCGGAUCUGCAGAUUGCCUACUUGGACGAAGAGCCAGCCAGGAAGGAUGGUCAGGAAUCCCGCAUCUUCUCGGCCCUCGUCGACGGACACUCUGAAAUCAUGCCUAAUGGUCGACGACGUCCCAAGUUCAGGAUCGAAUUGCCAGGAAACCCUAUUCUCGGUGAUGGAAAGUCUGAUAACCAGAAUCAUGCGAUUGUCUUCUACCGUGGUGAAUACCUCCAGCUUAUCGAUGCCAACCAGGACAACUAUCUCGAAGAGUGUCUCAAGAUCCGAAACGUGCUUGGCGAGUUUGAAGAAUUCCGUAUCUCUGCACAAUCACCAUACGCUCAGAACGGUCAUUCCGAAUUUAACAAGUUCCCCGUUGCCAUUCUCGGAGCGAGAGAGUACAUUUUCUCUGAAAAUAUCGGUAUCCUUGGUGAUAUUGCUGCGGGUAAGGAACAGACAUUCGGUACGCUCGCUGCGAGGUCGUUGUCAUUCAUUGGAGGAAAACUGCAUUACGGACAUCCCGAUUUCCUCAACGCUAUCUACAUGAACACGCGUGGUGGUGUGUCCAAAGCGCAAAAAGGUCUCCACCUCAACGAAGAUAUCUACGCCGGUAUGACUGCCUUUGGACGAGGAGGUCGAAUCAAGCAUUCUGAAUACUACCAAUGUGGUAAAGGUCGUGAUCUCGGUUUCGGCACCAUUCUCAAUUUCCAAACCAAGAUUGGAACGGGUAUGGGUGAACAGAUGCUGUCCCGAGAAUACUACUACCUCGGCACGCAAUUGCCUGUGGAUCGAUUCCUGACAUUCUACUAUGGUCACCCUGGUUUCCACAUCAACAAUAUCCUCGUCAUGAUGUCGGUGCAGAUCUUCAUGUUGGCACUGGUCUUCCUCGGUACGCUCAACAAGCAGCUCCCCGUGUGCAAGUAUAAUUCACGAGGGGACAUCCUGCCUGGUCAAUCUGGUUGCUACAACCUUCAACCCGUGUUCAAGUGGAUCAGGCGAUGUAUCAUCUCCAUCUUCCUCGUGUUCUGGAUCGCCUUUGUCCCCCUGUUUGUCCAGGAACUCACUGAACGAGGAACCGGUCGAGCCAUUCUGCGUCUGGUCAAGCACUUCCUGUCCCUCUCUCCCGUGUUUGAAGUCUUCUCAACCCAGAUCUACAUGCACUCGAUUCUCAACAACUUGACAUUUGGUGGCGCUCGGUACAUUGCGACCGGUCGUGGAUUCGCAACCACUCGAAUCUCCUUCUCCAUCCUCUAUUCUCGAUUCGCCGGUCCAUCCAUCUACUUGGGUCUUCGAACCCUCAUUCUCCUGCUGUACAUCACCAUGAGUGUCUUCAUACCGCUCAUCAUUUACUUCUGGAUCACCGUCGUCGGUCUCUGCGUCGCGCCAUUCCUCUUCAACCCACACCAGUUCUCCUUCAGCGACUUUAUCAUUGAUUACCGAGAAUUCCUCCGAUGGAUGUCCAGAGGAAACUCUCGAACCCAUGCCAACUCGUGGGUCGGAUACUGUCGUCUCUCCCGAACGAGAAUCACAGGGUUCAAGCGGAAGCGACUCGGUCUACCAUCCGAGAAACUCUCGAGUGAUAUGCCUAGAGCACCUUGGCGAUCCAUCAUUGUUGGUGAAAUCAUUGGACCACUCUGCAUCGCCAUCAUGUUUGUCAUCUGUUACUUGUUUGUCAAGUCGUUCCCCGCGUCUAAUGGAGUCACUCAACCUGGUCUCCUCCGAAUCGCCAUCAUCGCCCUCGGACCCAUCGUCUGGAACAUGGCUUUGCUUUUGGUUCUCUUCUUGGUCUCAAUCUUCCUGGGUCCUAUUCUUAACACCUGUGGGACCAACUUUGGAGCCGUCAUGGCUGCCAUUGCGCACUUUGGAGCCGUCGUCGGAGCAAUCUUUGCGUUUGAGCUGUUGUGGUUGCUCGAGUUGUGGGACGUUUCCCACUCCGUUCUCGGUUUGAUCGCCGUGAUCGCCGUCCAACGAUGUAUCUUCAAGAUUUUAAUCGCUGUUCUCCUCACCCGAGAGAUGAAAGGAGAUGAGAGCAAUCGUGCCUGGUGGACUGGUGUUUGGACUGGCCGAGGUAUGGGCGCCUCCGCCAUGUCCCAACCUGCCAGAGAGUUUAUUGUCAAGACGAUUGAGAUGGGACUCUUCGCCGCCGACUUCUUGGCUGCUCACGUCUUGUUGCUCUUCCUCGCCAUCCCGGCUAUCAUUCCCUACUUUGAUCGCAUCCAUUCAAUGGCAUUGUACUGGCUGUUGCCUUCGAAACAGAUCCGUCCCCCCAUUUUCAGUUUGAAGAUCAAGAAGCAACGCCGGAAGACUGUCUUUACUUAUACGCUUGUCUUUGUGGCGAUCCAGGCCUGUUUGGUUGCCUUAAUCGUCGUCCCCCUUCUCUUCCAGCAAGUCAUCAGUGUGGAAUUGGGAACACCAUUCGGAGGAGCCAUCUAAGGAACGUCGUUGGUCGUUCUCGACUCGGCUAUCAAACAAAAAGGGAACUUCAUCGUCGCCCA